AUGGAAAAUGAUAAAAAGGUUUAUCUCAGGCAGUCGAGAAAGAGGUGCUUACAAGCUUUCAGGAAUGACCGGAAUGCAGAGCGGGAAAUGGCAGAACACAGACAGUUAAGUACCAAAAAUCAAAAUGCGACUAAUGUUGACAGCUCUGUGGAAAGCGCAAGUGAUAAUCCUAUUGACAGUAUACAGAACAGUGUAAUUUCCAGCCAAAGUAUAGAAGCCAGCAAAUAA